GACAGGCCAACCCUUGUUGUUUCUGUUUCAUUCUGCAUCAUCCCUCCAACCUCAGAGACGGGGCCAGCAAAGCCAUUUAAUACCUAAUACAAGACGGGGCGGAUUUCCCACGGUGAAUCCCUCGACAGACGUCCCCCAGGGGCCUCCAGCAUGUAGCUACGAACUCGCCACUGACUCCCUUCUCUACGUGACGGUGACGGAGUUAAUUAUCUCUGCAGCAUGUCGGUCAAUGUCAAACUCAUCCUGAUUGAAAUCCUGAGUGAUCUGAGUGAGGAACAGUUCGAAAGGUUCAAAUGGCGUCUGGUGAAUGGAGUUGAUGACAAGAAAAUAAGCUAUUACAAUUUGGAAUUUGCCAACCGGGAAAAGACCAUCGACGAGAUGCUGAGCCACUUCGGAAGCUCUGACGCCCUGGAAAAGGCCAGGGAGAUCCUGGACGCCGUACCUAGGAAAGAUCUCGCUGACAAGCUCAUGAAGAAAGUCAAAGACACACUGCGUGAAAUCCUGGAUGAGUUGAGUGAGGAAAACUUCAAUAAAUUCAAGUCGUGUCUGGUGAAUGGAGAUGAUGACAAGAAAAUAAGCCGUCCAUCUUUGGAAGGAGCCAACCGGGAAAAGACCAUCGGGAUGGUGGACCACUUCGGAAGCUUUGAUGCCCUGGAAACAGCCGAGAAGGUCCUGGAAGAUAUGAAGGUUGCUGGCAAGCUCAUGAAGAAAGUGCCAGUAGCGAAACAAGCUCAGGAGAGGAAAAAGGAGACGCUAAAGGAGCCCACAGAGGAGGAGCUAAAGGAGCCCACAGAGGAGAAGCUAAAGGAGACCACAGAGAUGGCGCGUGUGGUAGAAAUAAUGAUCAAUAACUUUUCAGAAGUGAAGGGGGCUUUUGUCCGACAGCGCCUUACCGCUAACCUUGCGACACUGCGAGAAGAUCAAUUUGAAAAGUUCAAAGAUGUGCUGUGCGAGACACCCGUGAAGGACCUUGUCCGUGCAGGAGAUGAAUUUCUUGAUGCACCCAACACGUUCCAGAGGGACGCCAGCCUAGAAACCCUUGCCGAGGAUUUGAUAGGCAAAUUCGGCCGGACUUACGCACUGAGAGCAGCUGCAACAGUGAUGGAAAAAAUAGAGAGAAGGGACCUCGCUAAAGAACUCGAGAGAGAAUUACAUGAGUUUGAAGUGACCCAGCACGGACUGAUGAGAAAACCAAAAGGUGAAGUAGACCCAGAGGACAGGUUCCUUUUGUGGAUUUCUCUAAGAUUUUCCCUUCACUUCAUCCUGCCCCCGGCUUCCUUCGAAGGCAUCCCGGCGUUGGAAAGACACAGCGGCAAGGGCUGAUCCGAGCCCCCAGCGAAGUAGAUAAAACAGCGAUUGCUUCUGUGACGUUGCACGCGACAUGAUUUUAUGAAAAUGUGCUAAUGAGGGUGAAUCUAUUGUAACUGGAACAUGCUUCAUGCAAAAGGUCUCUUGUACGGUAUCAUUACAAAGCUUAUAAUGUCCUGAGCGGGGUCAGCCUAUUUGUGUGCAGGUAUCACUCUUGUAUCUGAAACUAGAAAUAUGAACUAGAACUCUGAGGGCCUAUUGUAAUUAUGCAAAGUGGGGGCCAUUAAUGGUGGUUUGGAAUCUUGGCUCCCAUC